AUGGGUUUCAAGGCUUUUCUAAUUCUAGCUAUGUUCAUGGUCACCAUCUUUGUGGCAUCUACUGAUGAGGUAGCACCAGGAGACUUAGAUGAGAAAUUUGAACAAAAUGAUGGUAACAAUAACCCGGCACAAGGCGUAGAUGAAAGCAAAUUAUAUGGUGGAUGGGGUGGUGGAUGGCGGGGCGGAUACGGCGGACCAUGGGGAUGGCGCGGCGGCUAUGGUGGUCCGUGGGGAUGGCGUGGCGGAUACGGCGGUCCGUGGGGAUGGCGCGGCGGCUACGGGGGAUAUGGCGGCGGUCCAUAUGGAUAUGGUGGCGGUUAUUGUCCUUAUGGAUGUUGUGGUUGGGGUUACUAUGGAUGUUAUAGGUGUUGUUACGCUAAGGGGCAAACUCGUCAAGCUAAAAUUGAUGCAAACACUCAUGAAUAA